ACGCUGGCCCCGAAGAGGAACAAUGCCGGGAAGCUGUCAUGGCCGUGAUCACGAUCGUGCCCCUCAUCCCGAAGAAACCAACAAAAUUAGGUGGAACAGAGCCAACAAUCAAGCCAUACUUACCACGACGGACCUCCAACAGCAUGGACGACGAAUUGCGACGACAAGCUUCCAGAACCACAGGAGAAAUGCCGAAUCGACGAAACCGCGGGAGCUAUGAUGAACAAGACCAACAGGGGAACAACCAGGAUGAGAGAAAAGAGAGGUCGGGAAAACGGCACAAGGUAGAUAGCAUCCCCAAGUAUAUAUUCCACACAAAAACUCAAUUUCGACCCCAAAUCACCAACUACCCAUUUUCAUAG